AUGCCUUUGUGGCCUCUUUACAAAACUCCAGUGUCCCUUGAGCGCCAGGUGCGGUCCAACCUCAAUCGCGAGGUCAAAGAAUCCCUUCGGCUUCAGAAGAAGCUGCACGGCCUUGGCUUCGUUAAAUUACAGCCCCAGUAUCGAUCUGCACUACUUUUCAAUACCUCACUAAUGGUGAAUACACUGGAGAUCCAGACAGGCGUCAUGAGGCAGGCUGCAUAUGAUGUGAAUGUCAUCGAAAUAGAAGUAAUCUUCGACUUUAUCUGUGCAUGGUGCUACAUCGGCAAACGUAAACUGGACAAAGCGAUCGAUCUCUACCGAAAAGUUUACCCGGGAGGAAAAUACGACACCAUCAACAUAAAAUGGAGCCCUUACUACCUCAACUACAAUCCACACGCGCGCAGUGUGCCGAAAAGUGAACUGGUUUAUGAGCGACUGAGUGAUAUGAAACUGGAGCAGCGAGAGGCCUUAUUCAAGCGCAUGGACCAAAUAGGGCGUUCUGUCGGCAUUAAUAUCAAAAGUGGAGGUUUAAUUGGGUCAAACACUCGCGAUGCACAUCGCCUUGUGCAUCUCAGCCGGCAGAAGCCUCAGGAUGUUCAGAGUGCGCUCGUGGAGAAUAUUCUCGCAGCGUAUCACGAACAAGAGAAGGAUAUAUCGUCGAAGGAACUGUUGAAAGAGAUAGCUGUGCGUGUGGAUCAUGAUGCUGCGGAGAUAGAUAGGUGGUUGAAUUCUGAUAUAGCGGCUGAGGCCGUGGACGAAGAAGCCCGCAUGAACAAAGAGAGGCCAGACAAUACUGGUGUUCCUUGUUAUAUUAUUCAGGGGUAUCGGCUGGAUGGUGCCAGCGAUCCGUCCGAGUUUAUGGAAAUAUUUGGGAAGGCGAGGGUUGAAUGA